GCAUAGACUGUUUUACUUCCUGGUACAGACGAAGCCUGUUCAGCAACUUACCUGGCAGAGGAAGGCAGGGGAAAAGAGAGAGAGAGAGAAAAGGGAGGGGAAGAGAAGAAUUCCUAAGAGAAGAAGGACCCUAGCAAGGCUAGGGUGGUCCUCUCUGCCUCCCUAGUCAUCUUCUGGGGUCUAAGAGAGAAAAACAUUUUUAAAGUGAUUAUUUCUGAUGGUGUGGAGGUUACUACAGUUUAAGUCUACAGGACUCUAGUUGCAUCUGCAGUUGGUACAUCUAUCGACGGAUUUCUUAAAAAAUAUCGAAAUGGCGUCCCUAACAGGUGCUGCGAUGGGUCGAAGUAUACCAGUUGAACAUGAUGAAACUGGAGAUUGGUCGCCAUUUCCAGAGCAUUCACUGGAAGAGGCUUUGGACCCUUCUGGUGAAAAUAUAGAGAACUUGGUGCCCAUAGGAUCUUAUCCCUCUCAAAUGGCUUCUCAUUCAUUGACUAGGCAAUCAUGUUUCUGCAAGCACCUUAAUCGUGUGGAUUAUAAUAAUGCUGAUCUGGAAGCGUCUAACCACAAUCACCUGCAACGAUGCCAGGAUUCUAGAAGGGAUAUACCUCCUGGUCCAUUCACUGAAUCAACAGUUUCAUCGGAACUUCAUAUUUUAUCUAUAGACAAAAGGAACCAGCUGCUGAGGUCUAGGCCUUCAGCUGAUUCUCCUGACACUGGACACAAUUCUAGUGGUCUGCAACAAAGCUCAUCUGACAUUUACCAAAAUUCAUCUGGUGAAAGUCAGGAGGAUGCAAAUCUAAACCAAACUCAAUGUAAUAGACCACCAGUAGACCUACGAACAGAAGAUGCAGGAUAUGAUUCUCAGCCUCUGGAUCUUAUGGGCAUCAGGCAGCUAGAACCUCCAUUGCCACUUACUUCCGUGUUUAACCUCCAAGACCUUCCAAGGCCUCUGAUGUCCAGAGAGUUACCGCAGAUGGACCCUCAGCCAUAUCCUGUGUUCCCACAACUAGCCCAUCCUUCCCCACAAUCUCAGUGGCAUCCUAGAUACUACAUUCCUGGGGAUUUACAUUGCCAGAAUCCAUAUGGGCAAAGACGCUACCAACACUUUGCACAGCCACCUCAACCACGGCUUCCUGUUCCUGGCCCUUGUGUAAGAGCCAUCCAUCCUGGCCGGCAAAUAAUCCCAAAUUAUUCCAGUCCUCCUUCUCCUAAAUGCAAUGAAGAAAGGCUCCCUGAGAGAGAGAGCUCUUCUGGAGAAUUUCAAAGAUUGUAUGGCCAGUUUCAGAACCAGCUACUGCAUGGUGGAGCAUCAUCCAAGGCUUAUGGCGCUCAUGAGGACAUCUAUAGGUGCCCUUCUGAUUCCAUGGCUCAGCCUAAUGGCCCACUAUGCCCAGCUGCCAUUCCAAGGCCUCCAAGUAAUUUUGCAGUCAGGGGAACACUGAGGACAAGUAAUUUGCCAGAAGAGCUGCGUAAAGUCUUCAUAACCUACUCUGUGGACACAGCUGAGGAAGUCAUGAAAUUUGUGAACUUUUUGUUUGUAAAUGGAUUUCAGACAGCUAUUGAUAUAUUUGAGGACACAGUUCGAGGUAUUGACAUUAUCAAGUGGAUGGAACGUUACCUGAGUGAUAAGACAGUGAUGAUAAUCAUAGCAAUCAGUCCAAAAUACAAACAGGAUGUUGAAGGGGCUGAAUCCCAGCUGGACAAGGAUGAGCAUGGCUUACAUACUAAGUAUAUCCACAGGAUGAUGCAAAUUGAGUUUAUACAGCAAGGAAGCAUGAACUUUAGAUUCAUUCCUGUGCUUUUCCCAAAUGCAAAAAAGGAGCAUGUGCCUACCUGGCUUCAGAACACUCACAUCUACAACUGGCCCCAAAAUAAAAAGAACAUUCUGUUGCGGUUGCUGAGAGAAGAGGAAUAUGUUGCUCCUCCGAUAGGACCUUUGCCCACUCUCCAGGUUGUGCCUUUAUGAAUGUCCAUUAAAGUGCAUAUGAAGCGAUCGUUUUAUAACUGUUGGCUGGCAGCCAGGGUUUUCCUGGCUUCCCCUUCUAGGGUGAUGAACAGCAUGUGCACACAGACACACACACUAGAAUUGUCUUGGGUUAAUGCAAGCCCAUGUGUUUUCUUUUAUUCUGAAUGUUUCCUUCUGCAACUGAUCAGGCACGUUGCUUCCCUGGCAAUAUUUAAACAAACUGCAAAUGGAAAUAAUGUCUCAUUGCUUUGUCUUCUAGCAACUUGCUUUCGAAGUCUGCGGCACAGCCAGUUAGUACAGUGAGUGGCACUGUAAUAAGCAAAACAAUUGCAUUCCUGUUUCCUCUGGGUUCCUUUUAUUAUUGGCCAGCUGUUCUUGCAUUGUGCAAUGGUCUCCUGCAGUCAUUUCACAUACACAAUAAAACUGUGGUCUUUCGUAUGGAUUGCUAUCGUUCUCACUGUAGAGAAAGACACGAGUGCUUCAACAGUUUAAUUGUGGGUAAACACAGACAUUAACCCCCUCCCCAAGGUUAAUGGGUCUCCCCCUCUCUCUCUCUCUCUCUGUGUGUGUGUGUGUGAUCUUUUUCAUACAUCAUGGAGUUUUCUUUGCUGGUGUGGCUGUGAACCAUAGCAUAAUGAUUUUAUGCUGGAUUCGGGCAGCAUAAACUGUUAAACGCAGGUCAAGCACCAUCUGUGCUCUAUUUGAAUACCCUACCACUUAUUAGGGUAGAGCAGCACAUUGCACUUGACAUGCGGCUACUCCCCCAAACAGCAUCCUCUAAUGUCAGUCUCCCCUAUUACAUGCAGAAUUGCUUAUCCUAUGACAUGACAACUCCAUGAACUGCAUUUCUUUACCAGUGUCAGCUGGGGAUACUGUAUGUAAACCAGAGGGAUCUUUAUUGAGAAGGCAGCUGUUGACAUGGGUGGAGGACAGUUAAAGGCUACAUUCCCUGUUCAACAAGCGAUGGAAGCUUACCCAACCCCCCCGCAAGCCUAAUAGAAGCAUGAGGGGUUUUUUACAGGAUUGCAACUGAGAUGAUAAGGCUUAAAGCUCACCUCCCUGUGUGUUGUGGUACUGAUCAAACUCAGGGUUCCAUAACUAUUGCUCAUUACAAAAAUAAAUAAAUAAACACCA